AUGUCCGAGUCGCAGCGACCGUGGGCUGGGGACGGCAGAGGCCGGGUCCUUGAGGAAGGCGGCCUCUCCUUGGUGGUGGGCUUGGUUCUUUACAUCUCCAGCAUCAACGACGAGGUCAUGAACAGGCCCAGCAGCUCUGAGCAGUAUUUUCAUUAUCGCUACGGGUGGUCUUUUGCCUUCGCCGCUUCCUCCUUCCUACUCAAAGAGGGGGCCGGCGUGAUGUCCGUGUACCUGUUCACCAAGCGCUACGCGGAGGAGGAGAUGUACCGUCCACACCCGGCCUUCUACCGCCCGCGUCUCAGCGACUGCUCCGACUACUCGGGCCAGUUCCUGCAGCCCGAGGCGUGGCGCCGCGGUCGGAGCCCCUCCGACAUCUCCAGCGACGUGUCCAUCCAAAUGACGCAGAACUACCCUCCCGCCAUCAAGUACCCGGACCACCUGCACAUCUCCACCUCGCCCUGCUGAGGCCCGCCCCUCGGAGCUCCCCAUGCCUCCUCUUCCUCCUCGUCCUCGGGGGUCUCCCUGCAAUGCAGCGCCCCCUUCCGUCCUCGGGACUCCUCGCUCCCACUCGGAGGAGGCUGCGCCAGCUUUAGGCCCCGCCCUCUCCCCAAUGGCUCCGCCCACACCCUCCCUUAUUUCAAUGGCCGCGCCCCCUUUCCCGGAUCUCUUCUUUUCAUUGGUCCCUCUCCCUCACAAAUGACUCCUCCCCUUCGUUGUCCCGCCCCUUUCAUCUGGCCCCUCCUCUCCAAGAAAAUUAGCUCCUCCCUCUGUCUCCACCACCUCUGCGCUGGGAGCAGCCCGCGGCAACGCAGGCGCUCAGCUCCCCGGAGCUCCCCAGCCUCCGACCUCACUGCAGGGGCUCUGGGCUGGAGAACAGGUUAGGGCAGCCGCUGGGAAUGCCGACCAUCCUCUUCUCCCUUCUGCCCUGGGCUUCCUUUUUCCUUGCCUAAUCUCACCUCCUGACCUGCUGGGUCCUCCGGUGCAGUGGGAGGGCCGGCUUGCUCCACCCGCAGCCCCGGGGUGGCGUAGGGAAGGGGGCUGGAAGCCACGGGUACGGUUAACCCGGCCCUUCCCUCCCCAUCUCCCCGAUUUCCCUGGAAGGUCCCGUUCUUUCUCACCGGCUGGGCUCUUUUCUGCUUCCUGAAGGUUACCUGCCUUUUAGGGGGCUCUUGUCUAAAGGAUCUUCUUGCUUUCUCAGCUAUUCUUGGCUUCUUUUUCGUCUUCCUCCUCCUUUUUCUCUCCUUUCUUCCCUCCACCUGCUGGUCCCAAGCCGCUGGGUGCAUCCCGCGCUAGGCGCACACCAGACGGCCAGAAUGGGGACCCUAGGGUGGAGGGAAUUCCCACACGCCAUCUCCACACCUGUGCCAGCCUCUCCCCCCUCGAGGCCCCGUCGAGGGAGGGAGGGGCAGUAGCGGGGGUCGACACCCCCCCCAAAACCUCUAAGUCUUCCAUUUUCUGGCUCUCCUCCUCAUUGACGUCCCUCUUCCCCCCUCAGAACCCCAACUCUGGCCUCUUUCAAGGGCCCGUCCGCCCCGUUGGACAGAUUUUGGGGGGAGAGGAGGUCACCAGGAACUCGCCCACCCCUCCUUAUUAGGGAAAGAGGGGCAAGGUAGCACAGUGCUGUACACGGAACCGGAAUGGCCCCCGGGGUGGGGGGAGGGGGGGCAGGGGAGGGACGGGGGCUUUUAGUUUGCAUCGGAGGGGGGAGGGGGGAGGGGGACCCGCCGCAGUUAACCUGACUUUACGCAGCGAUUUUUAACGAGGCUGGGGGGGGGGGGGGCGGGGGGGGGGGGGAGGGGGGGGGGGGGGGGGCCUGGCUCUGUUAUUUACCGUGUAUCAUAUGUAAAUACCGACAGAAACUUCAAUAAACUUUAUUUCAAACA